AUGGGAGACGGAGGCGAUGCAGCAGAAAACAUGACGGAUGAAAGAAGAAAUUCUGGUGCCAACAAGGCAGGUUUUACCUAUCACAGACAAUCCGUUUCGCUCGAACUACCAGCUAGUUAUAGCCAAUGGACGAAGCACGAGCCAUGCGAUAACUCAACCCCGCCUGAGCAGUCUCUCUUCUACGGAGGAGUUGGAAAUCUCAAAAAUAUCCGGAAAACGUCUUGGUCGUCAUUCGCCUGA